AUGGUGUUCAACAGUGUGAUCGUGCUAUCAGUAGCACACGUGUCGGUAGAGGCAUGGCAGCAAAUUGCUUGCCUCCGAUUGCAAAACCGAUUCACUGCUCCUCAGCUCCUUGAUCUUCUCUGCUGCUUCCCUCUCCAUCAACUCGGUCGCUUCGCUGUUUGCCUCUGGACUUUCCUCUGCUUGCCACCUUCAGAUUCCUUCUACUCCUACUCCUACUCUUCUUCUUCUUCUUCUGCCGAUUCCGAUGACUCCGACGACGGGGGUGAUAUUGUGUUUGUUGUUGCUCGUAAUCCUCUCAGACGAGACGGUGCCUCGUCCUUCUCCUCCUCCGUCUCCGCCUCCACCGUCGCUUCCCCCUACUCCUCCCCCGUCCGUAUUGACGAUUACAUCCACCAUUCCCACUCCGAUUGA